GGUCAACGGGACUCCGUCGCCCCUCGCCCUCAGCCCGUCCCCUGCAGGAGGAGGAGCAUCGGGGUCAUCAAGUAAUGUGGCGAUCCCUCAGAGGAUUCACCACAUGGCUGCCAGUCACGUUAACAUCACCAACAACAUCCUGCGGAGCUAUGAGCACUGGGAGACGGCUGACAGGCUGGCUGCAGACAGCAGAGACUUCUUCCAGGACCUGGACUCGGUGACGGGUCCUCUGGGUCAGCAGAGCAGCAUGUGUGAGCUGGUCCGCUACAUCAGACAGGGACUGCACUGGCUCCGCUCCGAGGCCCAGCUCCUGUAGAGACCUCAGUCCAGAUACAGGGUCCAAGAACCAGAGCUGGGACCAUGUGAGACGAGACUCCAACACCGGGCCAGCUGGGCUGAAGCUCACCUGCCAGCAGAAUCCACACGUUCAAUGUUUGCAAAAAAACUUUUAAAAAAAACUGAAUAGAACCUCCCCGUGGAUCUGAACCAAACAUGCAGCGGAGGAGAGUGGCAGGUAAAAAGUGGUUUCACUCAGACGGGACGGUUUUCUGAAAGAUACGUGAGGCUCAAAGAGCUCAACAGAGGCUCAUCAACACCAGCGCAGGAGCAGAACCGAGGCAGCGAUCGGGACUAGAGCCAAAGCCUCGGGCUCAGAGUGAUCCAGUCCAUCAGAUAAGGACCACACCAGUGACCCCGCCCCCUACAGGAAGCAUCAACACAGGCUGAUGUACUCCUCCUCAGUCCUCUUUAGUCCUCAGAGCCAAAACCUGCCAAUGGAGUGUACACACACAGACACACACACACACACAUGUUUGCACAACUAUCCAUUUGGGGACAUCCCAUUGACUUCCAUUAC